AUGUCAACGGUGGAGUUACAACCGGAACAUGCCGGUGGGGGCGGACUGCCGGCGUUGGCCAUGCCAACGGUGGUGUUCAUGACGCUGGCCGUGGUGGCCACCGCUUUGUUCCACCUGUGGAUGCAAACGCGUAGAUAUGUUAAACUGGGAAACUUGAUUCCCGGCCCGAAAGCCUACCCGUUGAUUGGGAAUGCCAACAUGCUGCUCGGGUUGAGCCACGACGAGAUCAUGCGGAGGGCGAUGGAGUUGAGUUUUGUGUACGGAAGUGUGGCCCGUGGUUGGCUGGGCUAUCAUUUGGUAGUGUUUUUGACGGAACCUUCGGAUAUCGAGAUUAUUCUGAACAGUUAUGUGCACUUGAACAAAUCGAGCGAGUAUCGAUUCUUUAAACCGUGGUUGGGUGAUGGACUGUUGAUUAGUAAUGGCGAGAAGUGGAAAUCGCACCGGAAGUUGAUUGCUCCGGCUUUUCAUAUGAACGUCUUGAAGACGUUCAUCGAUGUGUUCAACGAUAACAGUUUGGCGGUGGUGAAGCGAAUGCGGAAGGAAGUCGGCAAGGAGUUCGACGUUCAUGAUUACAUGAGUGAAGUGACGGUGGACAUUCUACUGGAAACGGCCAUGGGUUCGACCAGGACGGGAGAAAACAAGGAAGGGUUUGAAUACGCGAUGGCAGUGAUGAAAAUGUGUGACAUCCUCCAUCUUCGUCAGUUGAAAAUACACCUUCGACUUGAUUCGUUAUUCAAUUUGACAAGCAUUAAAAAGGAACAGGAUCGUUUGCUGGGAAUUAUUCAUAGCUUAACGCGAAAGGUUGUCAAGCAAAAGAAGGAGAUCUUUGAGAAGAACUACGCGGAGGGCAGCUUUCCAUCACCGUCGUUGUCCGAAAUUAUCGCCAAACAGGAACCAACUUCGGAGAAGAAUCCCGUAAUCUCUCAAGGUUCGAUGUUGACGGAUGAUCUGGAUGCUAUUGAUGAAAACGACAUUGGGGAGAAACGUCGCUUGGCGUUUCUCGAUCUAAUGAUCGAGACAGCGAAAACUGGAGCUGAUUUGACGGAUGAAGAAAUCAAGGAAGAGGUGGAUACCAUCAUGUUUGAGGGUCACGACACAACGGCUGCCGGGUCUAGCUUCGUUUUGUGUCUCCUUGGCAUCCAUCAAGAUAUUCAGGAUCGAGUGUACAAGGAAAUAAAGCAAAUUUUCGGUGACUCCAAUCGAAAAGCAACAUUCAACGAUACCCUGGAGAUGAAAUAUUUGGAACGAGUAAUUUUCGAAACGUUGCGAAUGUAUCCCCCGGUACCGGUUAUCGCACGUAAACUGACCGAGGAAGUUCGCUUGGCUUCGCACAAUUACGUCGUCCCAGCUGGCACAACGGUGGUCAUUGGAACGUACAAAAUGCAUCACCGAGAGGACAUCUAUCCGAACGCGGAAGUGUUCAAUCCGGACAACUUCCUUCCGGAACGAACGCAAAACCGCCACUACUACAGUUACAUCCCGUUUAGCGCCGGACCACGAAGCUGCGUCGGUAGAAAAUAUGCAAUGCUAAAGCUGAAGGUGCUGCUAUCGACGAUUCUACGCCACUAUCGGGUCGUGUCCGAUUUGAAGGAAAGCGAUUUCAAACUGCAGGGAGACAUCAUCCUGAAGCGAACCGAUGGCUUCAGGAUCAAGCUGGAACCGAGACUGUAA